CCUUAAGGUUUAAAAUGAUGCGAAACAGUGCGUGUAGCCUGUUCUCAUCACUCAGUGGCUAAUCAAGGCUCUGACCGAGCCUGCACAAAGCUGUCUUUUUUUUAACAACAUGAAAAUCAUGAGUCUGCCUGUGCUUAUAAGUGUUUUAAUGAUAGUUUCAAAAACGAAUGCCGAUCGCUCUUGGCUCAGUGUUGAUGAUUUGGAAAAUCAUAUCCGCGUAGAAGAUCUUCGAGAGUUUAUCAAUGUGUACAAUACGUCCACAACCACAUCUUCUCCGGCUGACCAGGAUUACUUCGCAGCUUUUGAGAGUCCCACAACAGGCCUGCCGGUGCCCAACAACGUGGACUGCUUCGGCCUGGGCUCCCUUACUCGCCAGUUACCAUGGAUUUUCAACAUGAAACCCGACACUUCCAAUGACGUCAACACACAUUUCUAUUUCAGCUCUCGGAUUAAACCACAAAAAGUACAGGUGUACCCCGGUGAGCAAUUUGGACUCGAGUGGGCGGACUUCAAGCCCUCCAGGCGGACUGUCAUGAUCUACCAUGGGUUCAUGAGCCACAGCAAUGCAUCCUGGGUGAAUGACAUGACGAGAGCAUUAUUGGCAUGGGCGGACUUAAACGUGAUUGCUGUCGAUUGGAGCGGAGGCGGCGAUACAUGGAAGUAUUGGCGAGCGGUCGCCAACACUCGCCGGGUGGGCUCGGAUGUCACCAAUUUCAUGCGACAGUUGAUGGCAGCAUCAGGAGCUAAGAUAAAAGAUUUCCACUUCAUAGGACAUAGCCUCGGAGCACACAUCUCCUCUUACGUUUCAUACCACAUUGGAGGUGUCUCCAGGAUUACUGGAUUAGACCCAGCUCAGCCCUGUUUCCUAACGACCGACCAUACGGAACGUCUAGAUAAGACUGAUGCAGAUUUCGUUGACGUCAUACACACCAACGGUCGACUGCUGAAGAAAAUUGGAUUCGGAUUGCCUGAUCCUACUGGUCAUGCAGAUUUCUAUCCCAAUGGCGGUAUGAAGCAGCCUGGCUGCUACAACUCCAGCAACUCCAUUUGGGCUCGCCUCAUUCCAGCAUCAUUUUCUCGGCUAAAGCAGGCGAUCUGCAGCCACGGCCGAGCGUACCUUCUGUUCACUGAGUCUUUAAUCAAUAACAAUUGCUCGUUCAGAGCCCAUCGAUGGAAUCUCACAUACGAAGGUGUGAAUGCGAGUCUAAAGGCUCUUUGCAAUAAAGACGGGUCGUGCUCUGAGAUGGGCAUCAAUGCGGCGGGCGGGGCCGGCUUGCCCCGGGCCAGCGGGCCUUACUUCGUGCUCACCACUGAGAAGGAGCCAUAUUGCCCCACCGACUACGAGGUGCGGCACCCCCCGGCAGACCUACUCCGCGACUUGCGGCAGGGCUUCGUCAUGACGCAGCUGAAGAAGAUCCUCCCCACCACGGCCUCGUACGCGGACCCUGAGGGCCGGGACAUGGACGACGUCACCACUACCACGGAACGGGGGUGGUUCAGCCGGUGGUUCGGCCGAUGAUAUAGAUUGAUUAAACAGACAGCACAUCGACCUACCUAGAAUAAUUGCAAAAUCACCCCUAAUACCAUUGCAUAUAUGCCACGAUGUUAAUCUGCGGUUGAUUAUACAGUCACUAGUACAUCAAUCUAUUCUAAUUUAUAGCAUAUUCGCCUAUGUACUGCGGUGUGUGAGGUAACUUGAUAUGCCGUCGACUGUAACCGUGCAUCCACACCGCAGUAAUUAUUAGUUGAUCAACGAACUCGGCAACAUCCGAUAUCUAAAAGCAUCACAAUCUAAUUUUAUCUAAUGUUGCCGUGUUGCAUUGGAUGCGCGGUUAAUAAACCAAUUUAUAAUACUCUUUUUAUGUUUGACUGAUGUUUUAUAUGUAAAUUAUUUAUUGUAAUGUAAGUUAGAAGAAUUAUAAAAAUAAAAUAUUUAGACUGUUUUAAGGUUA